AUGGCAACCCCAAUCACAGCUCCGACUCCAGAGCAGCUUCAAGCACUGUUGAGUGGACCAGCCGGGACACCUCCUGCUGGAGUAGUGCCGAACUUCCAGAAUCCACCGAAUCUCAAUGCUUUCCUCAUUUUGACACUGACGUUGGUCUUGACUUUCGGGAGUUUAGCUGUUCUUAUGCGCAUGUAUACAAAGUUGUUCAUAAUUCGAUCCGUUGCGUAUGAAGAUUAUGCUGUCAUGCUAGGAUGGUUAAUCCAAAUUGCGGAGACGGUUCCAUCUGCAAUUACCACUAAACAUGGUGCUGGAUGCCAUAUGUGGAACAUACAGCUCAAAACUUUCUUCAAUAUGCUCUACUGGACUAACCUCUCUUCAGUACUAUAUUGCCCCAUUGUGUUCUUUGUCAAGUUAUCUAUUCUCCUCCAGUACCUGAGAAUCUUCGUGCCCAACAGAAAGGGCAACAUGUCCAUUUUUGUUGCGAUACAGAUCUGUAUUUGGGGUUGCUUCAUAAUGUACCUGGUCGCUACCAUCUUCGCCAUUGCGCAAUGUACUCCGCGCAAGAAGAUCUGGAACCCAUUGAUGAACACGGGCCACUGCAUCGACACAAGCGCUGCAUACUUGUCUACUGCAAUAUUCAACGUCAUCACCGACUUCGCAAUCUUGAUCCUACCGAUGCCAAUUCUUUGGAAACUACAGAUGCCCCGGAAGAAGAAGAUCCUGACGACAGCAGUAUUUGCAACGGGCUUCCUGGCUUGUGUGACAUCCGUCUGGCGCACAUACUACGCUUGGCAGAUUUUCCAGUCGCGCGACAUCAGCUAUAAUGUGGUCAAGAUGGGUCUCUGGACUUACGCCGAGAUUGCCAUUGGUACCAUAGUCAGCUGCAUGCCCGUACUCCCCAAAUUCUUCCGACACUUCAGUCCGAAACUUUACGCGACGUUCGCUUCCAAAUCCAAGCGUGGCAGCAGCAGUAGUAAUCCUCCACCCAAAUCCCGAUCUUCCGUCGUGGUGGAAACACCUCGAAACUCGGCGGAAUCAUCCAAGAGACUCUUCGCAAAAGGCAAUGGAGGAGAAAGGGACGUCUCACAGAUAUGGAACCAAGCUUAUCACCCGUCGACCGUCGAGGUCAAGGGCGAGUAUGUCACGCUGGACGAGUACGACGCUGUGCUACCGAGAAUGGGUACGGCGAGUGAAUCGGACCCAAAGAUGGGCAAGGGCAACGCUACAAAACGAGAUGAUUUGGAGAGCGCUCAGCAUGACUUCGCUAUCCGAGGGACUAUCUUUCCGCAACGGAGAUGA